UUGAAAAAACAUCGAUUUUUUAGAGUUCUGAUUUUUGCGGAGAAAAAAAGCGAUGUGGAUAAUAUAUAUGAAUAUUUAUUAGUGAAAGGAGUGGAUGUGGCUUCGCUUCAUGGCGGUAAAGAUCAGAGAGAUCGUCAUACGGGAGUGGAUGCAUUCAGACGCGGUGAAAAAGACGUAUUGGUGGCCACUGAUGUUGCUUCGAAGGGUUUAGAUUUUGAAAAUAUUCGUCACGUUAUCAAUUACGAUAUGCCAGAAGAUAUCGAAAAUUAUGAAGCUGGCCAGGAAUUACCGCUAUUCUUGCGUGAUAUGGGUGGCGCAGAAGUGGCACAGUCAGAUGAUUCGACAAACGCCGAUGAUAAAGGAUGUGCCUAUUGCUCAGGCUUAGGCCAUCGUAUCACCAAUUGCCCAAAGUUGGAAAACGUCCAAACAAAGGUCAGUUUUUCGGACCUAUGUUUGUUCCAUUAUGAUCUCCCGAAUUGUCGGUUUUGGAACCCUCGAUAUUUUUGUGACGCAGUCAGACAGGAAUUGAGCUAUAGUGCGAACCUGCAUUGUCCUGCUUAGCC